CGGAGGGAAGAUGGCGGCCGCGGGCCGGUGGCGGGCCGGGCUGGCGCUGCUGGCCGUGGCGCUGGGGCUGGGCGGCUCGCGGGCCGAGCAGACGGAGGAGCACCUCAAGCGCGAGCACUCGCUCUCCAAGCCCUACCAGGGUGUGGGCUCGGCCAGCUCGGGGCUGUGGGACCUGCUGGGCAACGCCAUGGUCAUGACCCAGUACAUCCGGCUGACCCCCGACGUGCAGAGCAAGCAGGGAGCCGUCUGGAACCGCGUGCCCUGUUACCUGAGGGACUGGGAGAUGCAGGUGCACUUCAAAAUCCAUGGGCAGGGCAAGAAGAACCUGAAUGGAGAUGGCUUUGCCAUCUGGUACACCAAGGACCGCAUGCAGCCAGGACCUGUGUUUGGAAGCAAGGAUAACUUCCUGGGCCUGGGAGUGUUUGUGGACACCUACCCCAAUGAGGAGAAGCAGCAGGAGGCUCAGAAGAGGAGGUACAGCCCUGGAAACCAGCGUGUCUUCCCCUACAUCUCGGCCAUGGUCAACAACGGCUCCCUGACCUACGACCACGACCGGGACGGGCGCCCCACCGAGCUGGGAGGCUGCACAGCCAUGGUCAGGAACCUCAACCACGACACCUUCCUGGUCAUUCGCUACGUCAAGAGGAGGCUGACGGUGCUGAUCGACAUCGAGGGCAAGCACGAGUGGAGGGAGUGCAUCGACGUGCCGGGCGUGCGCCUGCCCCGCGGCUACUACUUCGGCACUUCCUCUGUCACCGGGGACCUGUCAGACAACCACGACAUCAUCUCUCUGAAGCUUUACCAGCUGACAGUGGAGAGGACACCAGAGGAGGAGAAGAGGGACAGAGAAGUUUAUCUGCCAGUGGUGGACAACCUGAAGCUGCCAGGAAUGGAGGCCCCGCUGGAGCCCAUGAGUGGCUUGGCUCUCUUCCUGAUUGUCUUCUUCUCCCUGGUGGCCUUGGUCUUCGCCAUCGUCAUCGGAGUCAUCGUCUACAACAAGUGGCAGGAGCAGAGCAGGAAACACUUCUACUGACCUGGGAAACCCUGGGAGGUGCUCCAUGGCUGGCUCCUGGCCAGCCACAUCCUGACUCCCACCCACCCCAGAGUGGCCAGAGACUGAUGGACCCUCACAUGUGUGUGUGUGUCCCCAGAGCUGCCCGGUGGGGACAGCCAGGCCCCCGGUGGGGACUGCCAGGCCCCAGAGCUGCCCGGUGGGGACUCAGUCACUGCUCCUUGCUGGGCUCCAGCACUGCAGGUGGGAUCCCAGCGUGGUGUC